GACCUGCAAAAGGUUAAGGAAUAUGAUCAUACUCCUCAUUUAGAAUUCUUCAAUUUUUUCAAAAAAUGUGACAGCUUCCCGACAGAUAAGCCGAGAGUCAUGAUGACUCAUGUUCCCGUGGAUAUCCUACCAAAAGAAGUGUUUGAGGGUAAAGGAAAGGUUGUGUACGUUGGGCGAAAUCCAAAAGAUACGGCAGUUUCCUUAUGGCAUUUUAUAAAAGAGCGACGAUUCCUGGAGGAGUAUGAGAAAUGGGAUAACUUUCUAGCAGCAUAUUUAAAACCUGACAUGAUGUAUGGAUCUUGGUUUGAUCACAACUUGAAAUACUAUGAACACCGUGAUGCGAAGAAUUUCUUGUUCCUAACUUACGAAGAAAUGAAGCUCGUAAGUAUGCGACAUACCGGUAUUAUUACUGGUAGUUGCUAAAUACAACGGGUAGCCGAGGGGGCGUGGCUUUGUAUGUUGACAUCAUGCAUCCAGCUAUAGUUCAU